AGUCUAUUAACUUCUCUAUCCUUCUCUUUUCUAAGUUAAAUCCAAAAACGUUGUAUUGUGACAUGAUAGAUGCUAUUCAAGCCUUCUUAUAAUACAACCAAGAUCUAAAAAUGGAAGAAGAGUCAGACAGUCAUUCAAGAUGUCCUAAAUGCCCUUCAAUUGAUAAUGAUCAAGAUAUAGCAGACGUAGAUGAUAUCUGGAUUGGUUGUGAGGCUUGCGAUAAUUGGUAUCAUUGCGCUUGCGUAAACGUAGAUGAUCCAGAGGAUAUUGAAAUCUGGUAUUGCGCAACUUGCAUUCAAAAUAAUUCUAAUUUAGCCAUAAAGAAGAAACCAGAGCCUAGAAAAUCUAAGAGAUCAAAGCUUAAACAUGAUUACGCCGCUUUAAAUGAUGGUAUAACGCCUUCUUACUUACACGUUGAACGUCUUCCUUUUUUACAAACUGAGAAUUAUGAGUUUAAGAGAAUGAAAGGGGAAGAUCUAACAAUAGAUUGGUUAGAAACUGAUCCUAAUAGUCUAUCAGAACCUAUUGUUGUUCCCGAUCCUGCUGGUUUAGAUAUGAAAAUGCCUGCUUCAAAUACCUCAAUUGAUCAUAUUGCAAAAGCUGUCGGUAUAGAUAAGCCUGUUGAAGUUAUUGAUUGCGCUACCCAAAAUCUCUCCAAAUAUCCUUGGACUUUAGGUGAAUGGGCAAAUCAUUAUUAUAAACGCAGGCAAGCUCCUGAGAUUGAGAAAACGCUUAAUGUCAUCAGUUUAGAAGUUUCAGAUACUGAAUUCGCAAAAGAAAUCAUACCACCAAAGUUCGUUAGGGAUUUAGACUGGGUUGGUAAUUUCUGGCCCCAACACAAGAAAAAAGACGCUCCUAGAGUCUUAUUAUACGUUUUAAUGAGUUUAAAAGGUUCAUUCACAGAUUGGCAUGUGGAUUUCGCUGGGUCUUCUGUCUUCUAUCAUGUUCUUCGAGGUAGUAAAACCUUUUACCUUUCUCGUCCAAAUAGCUACAAUCUUCAACAAUAUAAAAUGUGGUCUGAAUCCGCAGAUCAAGGCUCACAAUGGUUUGGUGAUCUGGCAGAUACAACCUAUAAAGUUACUUUAGAGGCAGGGAAUACACUAAUUAUACCGACUGGUUGGAUACACGCAGUACACACACCUACAGAUUCUUUAGUUAUUGGUGGUAACUUUGUCCACAGCUAUGGAAUAGAAGGACAACAAAAGAUCGUUCAAAUUGAAAUUGAUACCAAGGUUCCGCUCAAAUUUAGAUUUCCUGGUUACCAAACUCUUUGUUGGUAUGUUGCAAAUCACUACAAAAAUACUUUAAAAGAUGGAAAGAAGGUUCACGAACGGGUACUAAGUGGGUUGACUGUUUUAGGGGAUUUUUUAGGUAGUCUAGCACUUCGUAUAGACAACCCAGUGAAUGAAAAUGGCGUGGCAGAUGAGAAAGCACUCAAAAUAGCUAAAACAUACAAAGAGAGAUUUCCAGCAGAUGAUAUAGAAAUUGGACCAUUCGAAUU